UGAUACAGCACCCCUGGAGCAGAGAGGGUUGAGGGCCUUGCUCAAGGGCCCAACAAUGGCAGCUUGGCAGUGGUGGGGCUUGAACCCCCAACCUUCUGAUCAGUCACCCAGAGCCUUAACCACUAAGCCACCACUGCAAGCAAUAUAUACCCAAUAACCAUUGGCUAGUACUACGGUACCCUGUCCAGGGUGUACCCCGCCUUGUGCCUGAUGCUCCCUGGGAUAGGCUCCAGGUUCCCUGUGACCCUGAAAAGGAGUAAGUGGUAGAAGAUGGAUGGAUGGAUGGUACUACGGUACCCCCAGACCAAUGGUGCGGUUGGUCUGGGGGUGCAGGGGCUGGUUUGAAACAGACAGUGAACCAAAGUCAGGAACAAGAAGGUUGGCAUUUUUAAGACAACCUGCCCGUCUUUAUUAUUAAUAUUCAGGUCUGGAGUCCUGCAUCAAGUUCGCAGUUCCAAAGUUGAAAUGAAAUAGGUGUCACUCGGUUUAGAUCAGUUAGCAUUGUCAUUUACUGAUCAUGGAAAACGAGGCAGAGAGGCGUGGGCUGACACUUGACAUAAGCAAAUUGCCAAUAAAUUAGGCUCCCUGCCGAGGGCGUGAGAGGAGAAUGAGACACUGAAUCCUGGAGAGAAAUGGGAUUGGAGAAGGCGGACCGCUGAUGCGCGUGUGUUUGCUCCUUUAUUCCAAGGCUGAUGUUCAGCGAUUUAAAUGUGUGUGGGGUUUUUUUUUUUGGUUGGUUAUUUAUUUAUUUAUUUAUUAUUUUUUAGAUGGAACUCCGUGUUUCUCGAAUCUGCCGCGUUCUGCAGUGGGAUUUAGACAUCGUGAUCAGGAUUAAAACCUGAAGGCAGGCGUCAGUGCGAAUCAGCCCUGUGGACGACAGAACCAAGCAGCAGUCUGUGGAUGGACACCAGAUACACCAUGACCCUGACCAGGAUAAAGUGAUUACUGAUUAUGAAAUUCAUGAACUAGCGAAUCCAAAAGACAUCCUGUGGCUUCAAAUCCAGGCCAUACAACAACCGGCACCCACCAAAGGUCACAGCUUCGAUCAAUUCCAGAGUGGCUGAACCAGAAUGAAUUUAAGCUUGUAAGGAUCUCAUAUAAAUAUAAUUUGCUCUAACUCUGGCUACAUGGAGCCAGGGCCGACCAGCUAUGCCAUGGAGUUAAUGUGGUCCAGCUGACAUAGAUGAGUGGGUCUGUGUCUAUCAGGUGAGGGUUUGCCUCAGCCAAAGAAGAUAUGUGUGCAAACAUUUCAUUACACAAUCUUAGAGGCACUGACUUAUAUGAAAUACAAGGCUGUUAAAGCUUGGAAAAUACUGAGCGCACACACACCAGACUCCAUGAUAUUCCUAGAUAUUCCCAGUUUUCAUUACAAGCAUUGCACAAAGACAUCAGCAUCAGUGGAUUGGUAGAACUUUGCUAAAUAUGAAAUAGGAAUUUAAUAUAUUAUGUUUUUAUUUAUUUUUUAACCAGGAGUAAUAUUCCUGUUAUGUUUUAUUUUUUUGUGAGGUGGGAGCAAUAGAAUCCUCACUAUGGUUUUGCCUCCCCCUGACAAGCAGCACGUGUGUCUAACUACCAUCGUCAUCAUGACCAGCAUGGCUGUCAUGGAUGCUUACCUGGUGGAGCAGAACCAGGGUCCACGUAAGAUUGGAGUUUGCAUUAUUGUAUUGGUAGGGGACAUUUGCUUUCUUAUAGUUUUGCGCUAUGUUGCUGUUUGGGUAGGGGCUGAGGUGAGAACUGCAAAGCGCGGCUAUGCCAUGAUCCUCUGGUUCCUUUAUAUCUUUGUUCUAGAGAUAAAACUUUACUUUGUUUUUCAAAACUACAAGGCCGAGCGCCAGACUGUAGAGACUGUCGCUCGGAAAGCUUUGACUUUGCUGCUUUCAGUUUGUGUUCCAGGGCUGUAUUUUGUCCUGGUGGCCCUGGAUAGCAUGGAAUACGUGAGAACUUUUCGGAAGAAAGAAGACAUGCGAGGUCGAUUGUUCUGGGUGGCACUGGACUUGCUGGACGUGCUGGACAUCCAGGCCAACUUGUGGGAACCGCAGCGAACAGGACUGCCCAUCUGGGCUGAGGGACUAAUGUUCUUUUACUGUUACAUACUUCUGCUGAUUCUGCCAUGUGUGUCUCUCAGCGAGAUCAGUAUGCAGGUUGAGCACAUGUUCCCAAAGAAGAUGAUGCUUUACCCUGUUCUCAGCCUUGUCGUCAUUAAUAUUGUUACGAUUCUCAUCCGUGGGGUCAACAUGGUGCUUUUCCAAGAUAGCCGCGUCUCCACCAUCUUUAUCGGCAAGAACAUAGUGGCCAUAGCCACCAAGGCCUGCACGUUCCUGGAGUAUCAUCGGCAGGUUAAGGAGUUCCCGCCACAAGACCCGGUAACUAUCGCUAUGGAGAUACAGCAGAACUCAGGGCCACACAAUCAAAAGCUGCCAAAUCCUACUACUAGCUUCCCAGAAGAGCCAGCACCCCCCCAUGAGAUCAUUGACACGUGACUGAAGCUGACACAGACUUAAAAUCUUAGAGCCAAUUCCCACUGUAAGCAUUUUGGAGUGUUUUUGAAGUUGUCUAUCUUAAGCUUCAAACCACACCUGUCUGUCCUGUACAGUAACUAUAAUCAAAAGCAAACUAUAUUUAAAAUCCCAAACAAUGUACUUGCAGGGCAAAGUAUGUGGUAAUGAGAUACAUUAAACCAACAUAAGACACUAGAAUAGAAUAAACACAAAUGUAUGUUGUUUAUUCACUUUUCCAUUUUCUUAUGUCAUUGAUUAAAUUGCAGUUUAAUUUCAGCUUGCUCAACUUCAACUGUUCCCAGAUUCACGUGCCAUCAACAUUUUUGUAUGUAUGGUUGUUAAAUUUAUUUAUAAAACCAAAGUGUACUGUUGAUCUAUUCCUACUGGUAGAACCGACCAAGCUGUGUCUGCGUGGGUUGCUCAGAAGGUUCCUUAUACUACACACACUUCUUGUUUACCUUUCAUGUCCAGUUUUAAUCCUAGGUUAGACUAGACAGCUUCGAGUAUGAUGCAGAACUUCCUGUUUAAAAAUUUUUAAUUCACUGCUUU